AUAAUAGUAUAGCCGUACGGCUAUACUGCCGUGCGGCUAUACACGAGGCUUUUAAAAAAUAAAAAGAGUAUAGCCGCGCGGCUAUACUAAGCGAAGACAUCGGCCAAGCGCGCGCACCUCAAAAAGAGUCGUGCAGUUAUGGUCAUCGCCGCAUAAAGCAGGGAAAAAAAAAAAUUGAAAAAAGGGCCAGGGUCCCCACGUCGUCGUUUAAGAAUAUCUGCGUGGCUCCACCAGCGUAAAGCCAAAAACUCUGAACAAAUUCAUUCACCGCUCUCGAGAAGCCACGGCGCGACACCUCUCUCUCUCUCUCUCUCUCUCUCUCUCUCUCUGUAGGUUUGUAUUGUAUUCAUAUAUAUUCUGCUAUUUUCUCGCUACUAUUUCUCCGGGUUCUUUUUCUUAAAUUCAAAUUUUCAAUGCUGCUUGUUUUUGCUUUCUGUUUCAAUCCAUAGCCUUUUUUUUCUCCUGGUCCAGAUCUCUCUUUGCGCUUGUGUUUGCUUGACGUUCUGUUUGAUAUCGUAAAUUCUUUACCGAUAAAGUUUAUCUAAUUUGCUGUGUGUAUGUGUGUAUAUACGUGUUAUAUAAUAUAUAUAUAUAUGUCAGAUAAAAAUAAAUUUGUGGAAUUAUUAUUUGUCAGAAAAAAUGGCAUUUUAGUGAUAAGAAAUAGUUCCUAACUGUACCUCCUUCAAUCUUUUAUUUUUGGAAAAAGUUAUGAUAAUAAUUUUCUGAAGAUUCUUAGUUUUUCGGGGUAUGCAAGUUGAGGAAAUUUUGUGCUUGAUAGACUAGGUUUACUGCAAGAGGAGGAGAAAGGGAGAAUAUGUGCAUGCAUUUUCUAUUGGAAUGAAAGUGGUAUAGAAACAAACUGAUUAUAUGAAUGUUUGGAAUAUUUUCGGUGUCAUAUGUUUAUUGCAGUAGUUUUUCUCAGUCCUGGUGUACAACCGGUCUGACACAAAAUAUGUUUGAUUAUGGAAAAUUUGGAUUAAACACCUCACUGUCAGGACUUAUAUCCUUGUGCUAAACCCUUUUCAAUUUUGUACUUAACCCAGUUUUGAAUUUCUAAAUUACCUGAGUAAGCAAUAGUUAUGGUUCCCAUGAUUAGUGAAUUUGACAGCCUUUUGCUAAGAACAAUUAUGGAGUCAGACGAGGAGCAGGAUACUUUUCAUGGAGUUUAUCCCGAAUCCGGUGCAAUUUUCAUGUCAAGCAGUGUAACAAAAAAUGAGUGUUUUAGACGAAGACUGUUUGGCCUUCCAUCUGCAAAAGGCCACUUUGUUGAGCAGGUUAAAAGAGGAAUGAUUUUGUUUCUGUUUGAAUAUGAGAGGAGAGAACUUCAUGGUGUUUUUCAGGCAUGCUCUGAUGGGACAAUGAACAUUUCCCCUCGUGCAUAUAAGUCAUCAGGAAAUCAGUUUCCUGCACAGGUAAAAGUCAAACAAAUAUGGUGUUGUCAUCCACUUCACGAAUCUGAAUUCAGUGAUGCAAUCAAAGAAAACUAUUUUUCUAAAUGGAAGUUCAAUUUUGGUCUUUCCAAAGCUCAGGUUCGAAGGCUUCUAACAUUGUUCAGUCCACGAAAGGUAGAAGAUCAAUGGCCUCCAAGAGAAUUAGCGAGAAGUAAAGAAUCAAGCCCAGUGUAUGCUACUGCUAAAGUCAGGGAAGUCGAUGAAGGCAGGUCUGUAUUGAAUGAUAAGGUAAACAAUGAGCUUGAUGCUGACAACAAUACAGAGCCAAUGAUGACUCAGUAUAUGGGGACCUCCUUUGAGAAUGUUGGAAGAGAAGAUGGUGGCAGGCUGGAAAGUGAUAAAGUAGACAAUAAGGGUGGGGAGAUCGUACAGAGUGCGAAUUUUGGGCGCUUUCUGGAUAAAGUUGGAAUGUACAAGAGGGCACAGAAUGAACUUAAUGUGGAUAUUGAACAUGUGGCAUCCAUGUCAACAGAGUAUCCAAAGUUGAGUAAAUCUGGAUUAGGUGAUGGUGCCAUGGUAAUGCAGGGAACGGCAGCAAACGUCAAUUACUUGGAUGUUGAGAUUGGGCCAGCUACAUCAACAGAAAAUCUUGGCUAUCCUUUUGAAAAAGUUAGAAUUGAUGAUGAUUCCAGGUUUUUAAUGAGUGGUAAGUUGCAAAUUGGAAAUAGUGGAGGUAAUGGUUUUCGGCCAGCUAUUUCAUCUGAGUACCCUGCUUUCUUUCAGUCUAGUCUGGAUACACCUGUCCGUCCGGGCAUGCCUGUUCAAGAAGCAGGUUCUUUGAUUCAAGGUCAAACUAGAUCAACCUCCACUGUUAGCCAUCAAAUGGAGCUGCAAAUCACUAGCCAUUCUUAUACAGCAUCCUACGGAGAUGCGAUUGUCACCAGCACUCUUCCCUAUGAUCCUGAUGCUCUUACUCUGAACCAUCCAUGCUCACCGUCACCAUCGACGGUGGUCAAUCACAGUUCAAAUUCUGUUCAAGAUUGUUAUGACCAAGCUGGCAUUCCUUCCUUGAGAAAUCAGGCAUAUCCUUUGUAUACUGAGCCAAACACAACAAAUCGAAGCUUAGGUGACAUUUCUAAGUUUGUUGUUCGUGUCCCAUUCACAGCACCUGACCAUUAUGAGCGCUCAUGUCACGGGAACAUCAUGCCUUUUCCAGGGACGGCAUACUCUGAAGAAAUGGCUUUAGAAUCCACUGGAAAAAAUAGUUAUGGAGAACCAUUUUUGAAGCCUUCUUUAGCAUCUGAAACUUUAUCAGAAAUUGGAAGUAAUCAGAGGGAAAUCAAGAGCCCUUCAUCUUAUCCUUCCUUUGUGAUUGAUCAUGGACAUUCUGUUGCAUCACAAGACAAAAUUGACCAUGAAAUAGCACAUAAGGUGAAAUUCAAACAAUUCACUUCUAGUGUAACUUCACCAGAGGAGCUUGAGUGCCAGUUACAACGCCGCGUUCAUCCUGGUGAUCGGGGCAGUGUGGACCACCAUGAGCAUAAAUCUUUUGAUCCUGAUCUCAAGUCUUUUGAAACUUCUGAAGGAAGGAGUUCUGAUCUUGUGAAUAACAGAAGUGUGUUUUCUCGUUUGUGUUUGAAUUCAGAUAAGCAUGUCAAAAAGAAUAGUACAGAUGCUGCAUAUGAGGAAAAUGAUAAGGAUUCAUCGGUGGAUGAAGUCAUGUCAAUGGUGAGCAAGAGUCUCUACGACUGGGUGAAGUCAAAAAAAUCUAAACCACCUACUAGACGACAUGAUGUAGAGAAGUUUAAGAAUAAAAAGCAGACCACAGUACACUCUGAGUUGGAUAGUAAUUACUUGGAAAUGAUUUCAGAUAAGUCAAACAUGAUUUCUGCUACACCCACUGAAGAUAAAGAUGAUCAAAGGAGUGAAGAGAUACCAUUUGUGGAUUUUAAGCGGCGGAGCAAAUUGCGGAAAUUUAAUGGUGAUGACAAAGCUAGAGCGAAUGAUGAAAGUGCAGGAAGUGAUGGAGUCUUGGGUGGGCAGCACAAGAGAAGGAAGCUGAUCAGGCCAAACUUCAGUGACAACGAGCCACUUGAUGAUAAAAGGAAAAUUGCAAACACUUCUCUGAUUGUACAAGUAUCGUCAAAAGAGCCUCUUCAUGAUGUUGGCAGCCCAAUUGCUAGCCUUGCAAAUAAUCCUAACAUUCAGAAUGACCUUGAGUAUAAGGAUCCUAUUUUUAACAAAUCGCCUCAAGAUUGUUAUGAGAACAGUCAGUUCACUGUGAAGGAGUCAGCCCUGCAAAUACCUAAACCAAAUUCUGGAACAGCAAAUGAAUUUUCUGUAUUUGAAUGUAGCAGAGGCAAUGAACUGGAGUUGCUUCCAAGAGUCGAACUUUGUCUAAACAAUGCUGAUCUUAGCAUCGGUAAUGUAGGCAGCUCAAGGAAUCUGCACUCUGAGUUGGAAAGAGUGGCCAAAGAAGUUGCAAUUUGUGUAGAUGCUGGUAUAGGUAAUAACCACCACGGAUCCAAUGAUAUACAGUCUGAGGCAUCUCUUAACACUGAUGGUUGCUUCGACAAACAAGAACCAUCUCAAGAGCACAGAUCCAGUAAACUGUCUGAGGCAUCUUUUGGCACUGCCGGUCGCCUCAACAAGCCAAAACCUUCUCAGGAAGUUCGGGACCUGAAUGUCCAAUUUGGAGAGAGACUUUUUAUACUUAGUAAUGGUCUCAAAAACUUUGAACGUGAUGCUUCUAAGCAUGUGGGUGAAAAGAGGGAUGUUCUUCCAAUCAGCAGGGGUAUUGUUUGCAAAAGUUCUGACAUUGGUACUUCUGAGAAUGUGGAAGAGAGGAAGGAUGUUCUUCUAAGCAGUCGUAGAGUCAGAAAAGGCGAACUCAGGAGAGCCUACGACCGCUGUGAAACUGAUACUUCUAAGCAUGUGGUCGAUAGAAAGGAUGUUCUUCCAAUCAGCGGCUGUAGCAAAAGCUCUGACACUGAUACCUCUGAGUCUGUGGAAGAUAGGAAGGAUGUUAUUCAAAGCAGUGACGGAGUCAGAAAAUGUGAACUCAAGACAACCUACGACCGCUCUGAAAUUGAUACUUCUAAGCAUGUGAGCAGUCAGAAAGAUGCUAUUCCAAUCAACGGUGGUAAUGUAUGCAAAAGCUCUGACAUUGGUACCGCUUUGAAUGUGGAAGACAGGGAGGGUGCUCUUCAAAGCAGUGGCGGAAUUAGAAACUCUGAACUUAAGACAGCCCACAACCAAAAUACAAGAUUAACUCGUGAUUUUGAGUUUGAUGAUGCUUCUGCAAGUGUUGACAGUGAAAGAGAAAACAAGAGGCUGUGGAGUAUUUUAACCUCCAGGUUGAAUAAUCUGAAGAAUGCUCAACAACAGUGACAAGCUCCUGGAUUUUGGUCGAUGCAAUUUUUGCUUAGGCUCUCUGAUCUUGGUUAUGAAUUCAAGUACUUUUUUUUGGAUAUGUUGACUGGAAUUUUAACUUUCAAGUAGUCGUCGGGUGUGUCUGGUGGUUUUGUGGGUGACGAUGACUUCAAAAUGAACGUUGUCAAUCUGCUAGUUUUGAGGGCUCACCUCAAUCUUGCGCUUUGGCAGGAAAUACGAAAUUCAAUCUCGAUGUUAUUAAUGAAUAUAUAUCUAAUGCUUAUGGUGCCGUACAAUGUAUGAGCUAA